CACGUUAAACAACAGAACAGAAGGAGAACGCAAUUCUUUCAAGUGCAGUUUAUGCAAGUUUAGGAUUGCCCUCCUGCGCUUUUCACCCGUCCAAGUGCAGUUAAGCGUUUUCCCUUUUUGUUCUGUCUACAUCCUGCAGUCACUACAAAAUGUUUGCAGUCAGAAGAGCAUUGCGUCUUUGUCAAAGAGUGACCAAUGUCAGUGUUUCGCGGCGCGGCUGCGUUGGAGCUGUACCAGUGGACGACAUUGUGAACGGUCUGACCGAGGAGCAGAUCCAGCUCAGACAGACAGUCCAAAGAUUCUGCCAGGAGAAGCUCGCUCCACACGCUGAUGAGAUUGACAAGAACAACGAGUUUCCCCGCAUGAGGGAGUUUUGGAAGGAGAUGGGUGAUCUUGGACUGCUUGGAGUUACUGCUCCAGUGGAGGACGGUGGAACGGGAUUGGGCUACCUUGAUCAUGUGAUUGUUAUGGAGGAGAUCUCCCGUGUGUCAGCAGCUAUUGCCCUCAGCUAUGGAGCGCACUCCAAUUUGUGCGUAAAUCAGAUGGUUCGUCAUGCAACCCAGAAACAGAAAGAGAAGUACAUGUCCAAGCUGAUGACGGGGGAGCAUGUGGGUGCUUUGGCCAUGAGUGAGCCCAACGCUGGCUCUGAUGUGGUGUCCAUGAAACUGAAGGCGAAAAAACAAGGGGAUCACUACGUGUUGAACGGUAAUAAGUUCUGGAUUACGAACGGACCAGAUGCAGAUGUUCUGAUUGUGUAUGCUAAGACAGACCCAGAGGCAGAAGCCCGUGGCAUCACCGCUUUCAUCAUAGAGAAGGGCAUGGCAGGAUUUAGCACAGCGCAGAAGCUGGAUAAACUGGGAAUGAGAGGAUCUAACACCUGUGAACUCAUCUUUGAAGACUGCAAGGUCCCUGAGGAAAACAUAUUGGGCCCAUUAAAUAAAGGUGUAUAUGUUAUGAUGAGUGGGUUGGACCUAGAGAGACUUGUCCUGGCCUCUGGACCUGUUGGCAUCAUGCAAGCUGUGCUUGACCAUGCGAUUCCUUAUCUUCAUAUUCGUGAAGCCUUUGGACAGAAAAUUGGCCACUUCCAGCUAAUGCAGGGGAAAAUGGCUGAUAUGUACACACGGCUUAGUUCAUGUCGACAGUAUUUAUACAACGUUGCCCGCGCUUGUGACAAAGGCCAUUUCAGUGCUAAGGACUGUGCUGGGGUAAUCCUUUAUUGUGCUGAGAAUGCGACUCAGGUUGCCUUGGAUGGAAUUCAAUGCCUUGGUGGAAACGGUUACAUUAAUGACUACCCAAUGGGCCGCUUCUUAAGAGAUGCUAAACUUUAUGAGAUUGGAGCUGGUACCAGUGAGGUCAGAAGGAUGAUCAUUGGCAGAUCCUUCAAUGCCAUGUUCAAAUAAGAGCAGCACUUGACGAUGAGACAAAACGGUCAUCAUAACUGGCAUCAUAAUUUUAACACUUUCAUUCAUGUGAAGCAUACUUGCUAAUCGGUUUCAAGAGCAGUGAUAGAAAACUAAAAUAUGUCUUUUGGAUGUCUAAAGCUGUUUAUGUGAUGUUCUCUUACAAUAAAUACAAGUGGUCUCGUAUACAACAACACAAGCAGUAGGAAUCAUUCAAGUCAUCAUUCAUCAUUCAAAAGGUAAACCACCUAAACAAUUAUUUUGUCACAGAAGACUUUGUCAUGUGACUCAGACGUUUCUGUAACACGUGGUACAUGCAAUCGACUUGUUUUUUGGUCAGUCUUUAUAAGCUGGUUUGCAUAUCAUCUCUACCCUAUAACAUGAUUGUUUUUGCUCGUUUUCUUAUGUGAAUAAAAUAAAGAUUUCUUUAUAGAGUAUAUUUAUUGAAGUCGUUGUAAUUCAAACACUCUUCCCAUUCUUUUUGUAUUUUCAUUAUGCACUUUUUUUAUCGUACCGACCCAUCAAAUCUUUCGGUUUUCAGAAUUCUGCCUUAAUGAUUAAUCACUUGAUGUGUUUGAAGUAAACUUACUUGUUGUAUAAUGAUUGUUUUGAACUAACAUAAUCCUCUUUCCAUCUAUAUCUUUUGAAUUUCUGAAUUAUAAAAAAGCAUUGCAUACUC